AUGGCGGACGCAAAGAGACCCUCCCCUUCGCCCAGUCCAGGCGGAAGGAGGCAAAGAGCGCCUACUAUCACCAUCGACACAUCUGCUGUCAGUAAUAUGAGCCCACCACCUCAAGAUAUGGAUAGCGAUGCAGUCGCUUUGAAAGCAUUGCCUAACUCGCCAUCGACGUUACAGGGCGAACCCUCCAGUCCCCUUUCCCCCGACGGUACCCAUACCUCUACAAAUCACCGACCACAUCAUGCUAGCCAGGGGAGCCGAUCAUCCAUACCAGAACUCAGACCUGCUCCUUCAUUUGACAGCAGGGACAGCCGACCAACCUCACCACAUAAUAUAUCCUCACCAACAUCGAGAGGGGGAGACAAACAAUCAGGGUUUCUUGCAGUCCCAGGACUGCGGUCGAGGCAGAACUCGAUAGAGUCAGACGAUGCAAAUCAUUCGGCUACGAAUUACAGUGGGGAGACCUAUGCGAACAGUUCACAAGGGGAUCGCGCAUUUGGAAAAGAACCAGGAAACGAUGAUAUUAUGAAUGAUGCAGAGGCGUUAACGCCAGAUCCAGGAACCGAAGAGGACUUUGAAGUGGAGGACAACAGUUUUGCCUUUACUCCCGGGCAGCUGAACAAGCUCAUUAACCCCAAGAGUUUGCCAGGAUUCUACGCGCUGGGAGGCUUGGCGGGCUUGGAAAAGGGACUGCGAACUGAUCGCAAAGCUGGCUUGGGCAUGGAUGAGAGUGAUUUGGAUGGAGCGGUGACAUUCGAUGAAGCAAAAGCCGCAGCGAAGAACGCUUCAAGCUCUGGUACGGAUUCAAAGCCACCCUUGGAACGGAUUGAUUCGAAGGGAUCCCGAAGAUCGAGUAGGAGAGCAGCUCCGGCGGAUGCGGCCUUCUACGACCGCAAGCAAGUAUUCAAGGACAACCGACUACCGGAGAAGAAGGGAAAGAAUUUACUACAACUAAUGUGGAUCACCUACAACGAUAAAGUUCUCAUUUUACUCUCCAUCGCAGCCGCAAUUUCACUCGCCGUCGGACUCUAUCAGACGUUUGGAACCGUGCAUACUCCUGAAAAUCCGCCAAUCGAGUGGGUUGAAGGAGUAGCUAUCAUCGUGGCUAUUGUCAUUGUAGUUGUCGUUGGGUCCUUAAAUGAUUGGCAAAAGGAGCGGCAAUUUGUGAAACUCAACAAGAAGAAGGAGGAUCGGGACGUCAACGUGGUACGGUCUGGCAGAACGCAAGCUAUCUCGGUGUUUGAUAUUUUGGUUGGAGAUGUGGUGCACUUAGAACCUGGAGACAUGAUCCCCGUGGAUGGUAUCUUCAUCGAUGGGCACAAUGUCAAAUGUGACGAGUCGCAGACUACUGGAGAAUCGGACUUGAUUCGGAAACACCCUGCUGAUCAAGUUUACGCUGCGAUUGAGAACCAUGAAAGUCUACGGAAAUUGGAUCCCUUCAUCCUUUCUGGAGCACAGGUCACUGAAGGUGUUGGUACAUUCUUGGUUACAUCUACUGGCGUCAAUUCGAGCUACGGAAAGACUCUCAUGUCCUUGCGAGAGGAUCCCGAAGUCACUCCGUUACAGUCCAAACUCAAUACAUUGGCCGAGUACAUUGCGAAAUUAGGAGGAGCUGCAGGUCUUCUUCUGUUCAUCGUCUUGUUCAUCGAGUUCCUGGUUCGCCUGCCUCACAACCCACACGACGCUGCUGGAAAAGGACAAGAUUUCCUGAAUAUCUUCAUUGUCACUGUUACCAUCAUCGUGGUUGCAGUACCUGAAGGAUUACCCUUGGCUGUCACUCUUGCCUUGGCUUUUGCAACUACUCGCAUGUUGAAGGACAACAAUCUUGUACGACACUUGAAAGCUUGUGAGGUCAUGGGCAACGCAACCACGAUUUGCUCUGACAAGACGGGAACGUUGACCGAAAAUAAGAUGCGAGUCGUUGCUGGCACUCUGGGAACAACAUCACGAUUCGGCGCUGCAACUGAUGCCGCUGGCGAGGAUCCUUCAAUCAACAAGGGUAAACAGACUCAGCCCGAAGCUGUCGAUAGUGUACCACCUCAAGAGGUCGUGUCGUCUUUACACUCUGGCGUCAAACACAUGCUGUUGCAAUCUAUUGCCAUCAAUUCUACUGCCUUUGAAGGUGAGGUUGACGGAGAGAAGACUUUCAUUGGUUCCAAGACAGAAACUGCACUUCUGGUUUACGCUAGAGAUUUUCUGGGAAUGGGCCAGGUCGAUCAAUUGAGAUCAAAUGCCAACAUUGUCCAGCUCAUUCCAUUUGACUCUGGUCGAAAGUGUAUGGGAGUCGUCGUGCAGUUGGAGAAUGGCAAAUAUCGAUUGUACGUCAAGGGUGCUUCGGAGAUUCUCUUGGAAAAAUGUUCCUAUAUCAUUCGGGAUCCAACCAAGGAGCCUUCAAGUUCUCUAAUGACUGAAGAUAACCGCCGAACCCUCAACAACAUCAUCGACAACUAUGCCUCACGAUCGCUGCGAACAAUUGGUAUGAUCUACCGCGAAUUUGACAAGUGGCCUCCGAAAGGUGCUCGAACUGCUGAAGGCGACCGAACUGAAGUUAUCUUUGAGGACAUCUUUAAGCAGAUGGUUUUCCUGGGUAUCGUUGGCAUUCAAGACCCUCUUCGCGAAGGCGUCGCUGAAGCUGUCAAGAAAUGCCAGAAUGCUGGUGUUGUUGUCCGCAUGGUUACUGGAGACAAUCUGAACACAGCUAAAGCUAUUGCCACCGAGUGCGGUAUUUUCACGCAAGGUGGUCUCAUCAUGGAAGGUCCAGCAUUCCGAAAGCUCAGCAAAACGAAGAUGGAUCAGACAAUUCCUCGCCUACAAGUACUUGCCCGAUCUAGCCCAGAGGACAAGCGCAUUCUUGUCAAACGCCUCAAGGAGCUCGGAGAAACCGUUGCUGUUACUGGUGAUGGCACGAAUGACGCGCCUGCUCUUAAGACUGCCGAUGUAGGAUUCUCCAUGGGCAUAGCUGGUACCGAAGUUGCUAAGGAAGCCUCUGCCAUCAUUCUCAUGGAUGAUAACUUUGCGUCCAUUGUUAAAGCAAUGAUGUGGGGACGAGCUGUGAAUGACGCUGUCAAGAAGUUCUUGCAAUUUCAAGUCACUGUCAAUAUUACGGCUGUUCUGCUGACAUUCAUUACUGCUGUCUCGAGUGACCAAGAAAAGUCUGUCCUGACUGCCGUGCAACUGCUUUGGGUCAAUUUGAUUAUGGAUACCAUGGCAGCUUUGGCUCUUGCAACAGACCCUCCCACGGAAAGCAUCCUGGACAGAAAGCCCGACCCAAAGUCCGCACCACUCAUCAGUGUUACUAUGUGGAAGAUGAUUAUUGGCGAAUCGCUUUACCAACUUGUUAUCACUCUGCUUCUCUACUAUGGCUCUGAUUCGAUUCUGUCAUACCAGUCCGACCGCGAAAAGAAUCAAGUACCAACCUUGGUCUUCAACACGUUUGUAUGGAUGCAAAUAUUCAAUCAAUGGAACAAUCGUCGCCUGGACAACAAAUUCAAUAUAUUUGAAGGUGUCAGCCGCAAUUGGUUUUUCAUGGCCAUCAACGUAGUCAUGGUUGGUGGGCAGGUCAUGAUCAUUUUUGUUGGAGGCAAAGCCUUUAACGUUGUCCGACUAAACGGUGCACAAUGGGCUUAUUCCAUCGUCCUUGGCUUCCUCUCCAUCCCCAUUGGAGCGUGUAUCCGCCUCAUUCCAGAUGAGCUCAUUAUGAGGCUCAUUCCCAACUUCUGGAGAUCAAAACAAAAAGGACCUGAACUUACAGUAUCCGACGAAGAAGAGCACUUCCGAUUCCCCAAGCCUCUCGCAGAUGUGAAGGAGGAGCUCAGCUUCCUCAAGCGUGUGAAGGGUGGUCGAUUGAACAACCUCAAGUUCGCCAUGCGUGAUGCUCGCGAUCAAUGGCUCCCUCGCUCCAGAAGUGGAUCUCGUUCUCGAACAAAUUCCGUACCACAAACACCCAGCGGGGAAUCUCACCGAGAAGACAGCUUUGGUUCAAAUGGACAAUCUGCACAUACUCCUGAGUCUCGCAAACGUGGCCGCAGCAACCGGUCCCGAUCGAAUUCCGCAUUGGGAGCUACUACUGUCAUGGCCGGUAUCAUUGCUGGCAGUGUUGCUGGAUGGUCACCAAUUGAACGGAAUUACGACAACGACUCCAGAUUCACUCGCGCUCUGGGAAGGUCUCACCUUGAAGAGAGAGAAGAUGUCGAGAUCCACCCCGACACAAGGAAGGAUGAUCCCAUCAUCACUGAAGAUCCUCAUCAUCUCGCUGCUCCUCCAAGCCAGAUUCCAGAGAUCAAUCCGGUGGUUCCAGGCUUAAGCAUUCCACGACCUCCGCCUGUGGCACGAAAAUCCACUGGUUGA